AUGUUGUUCAACCUGUAUCGCAAAUGUCCGUAUGAAAAGAGGGCGCUGCGGUCGGACAUGUCUCCGCCCAAAAUCAAUAAUCCAGUGGCUUGCGCUGUCCCGCCGAUUUUCACAUCAGUAUCUCGAGCUGUCAAAAUAGAGCGGUCGGGGUGUCCUGGCAUCUGUGGCCCGCAGGCCGCGACCACAUCAACCCUGUCUUUCUCAAGCUUCCGAAAUUCCUUCACUUCAAAUGUCAAUUACCUGAAAAGAAGAUUCAGCUCGGGGGACCUGCAAUCCGAGUGCGAUGAGGGCGAGGUGGACCCCUACACCGGCCGCCCGGCCACCACCAGCCAGCCUAAGCCGCAACCGCAGCACCAGCGGCCCGUCUCGCAGGCUACUGGUGGUAGCAUCGGCAGUGCCUCCAGUGUGUCUGCGAGUUCGGCUGCGGGCACGGGUAGCGCGGCGGCGGCGGGCCCGGCGCCUGCUGGUGGCGACCUGUCCCUCAACUUGCGUGGCGGAUCUCGAGGCACUUCGGCGCCCUCCUCACCUGCCAAGUCCCGGGAAUCGCUAUUACAGCGCGUGCAGUCUCUCACCGGUGCUGCUAGAGACCAGGGCGCCAACUUGUUAGGCAGCGUAACAUCUGUGGCGUCAGUGGGUCGCGGUUACAACCGAGAUCGCUGCGUCACGCUGCUUGUUGUGGAUGACCAGAACACUGACUGGUCCAAGUACUUCCGCGGCCGCCGGCUCCCUGGCGAGUGGGAUAUAAGAGUCGAACAAGCCGAGUUUAAGGAGCUGUCCGUGACGGCGAGUUCUGACGGCGCCAACGUGUCUAUGGCGGUCUAUCGCAGUGGCACUAAAGUGACGCGAUGUUUUAAGCCGGACUUCGUGCUGGUGCGUCAGAACGUGCGCGACGCUGGCGCAGACCACCGCGCGUUGCUGCUCGGACUCAAGUUCGGCGGCGUGCCUUCCAUCAACAGUCUCAACUCUAUAUACCACUUCCAGGAUCGUCCGUGGGUGUUCGGCCACUUACUCCAGUUGCAGCGUCGUCUCGGCAGAGAGAACUUCCCGCUGAUAGAGCAAACCUACUACCAUAACUACACCGACAUGGUGACGGCGCCCAAGUUCCCGGUGGUGAUCAAGAUCGGACACGCGCACAGCGGCGUGGCCAAGGUGAAAGUGGACUCUUUGACCGACUUCCAGGACAUCGCGGGCGUAGUUGCAAUGUUGGGCACUUACUGCACCGUGGAGCCGUACAUCGACGCCAAAUACGACAUUCAUAUACAAAAAAUUGGCACCAACUACAAAGCUUUCAUGCGCAAAUCUAUAUCUGGCAAUUGGAAAACCAAUCAAGGCUCAGCCAUGCUUGAAGCGAUUGGAAUGAACGAUAGAUAUAAAAUGUGGAUAGACGAGGUGAGCGAGAUAUUUGGUGGACUGGAGGUUUGCGCGCUGGAAUUGGUAGUUGGCAAGGAUGGUCGUGAACACAUCAUUGAGCUGAACGACUCCGCUACUUCCUUCAUGGGCGACACGCAGGAAGAAGACCGGCGCCACCUGGCGGAGCUCGUGCUGCAACGCAUGCAGGCGGUGUGUCGUCCGGGAAUAACGAAGACAGCGUCCCGCAGCUCUGUAUCUGGCAGCGGCGCGGCGUCGCCCGAGGAGCGCGGGCCCGGCGCCGUGCCCGGCGGCCCGCCCAGCGCCCCGCCGCCGGCGCCCCUCGCCAGCGGAGCCAGCAUUGACCGCCCGUUGCCGCCCAUCCCCGCGGAACCCGCGCAGCCGCCGCCGCCCCCGCUCGCACGACGCGACUCGCAAGCAUCUCAAUCAUCUACGGUAUCAUCGGCGUCGGCGGCUCCGAGCACCGCCAGCGGAAGCGCGCCGGGCGCAGCGCCUCCCGCUGCGGGCUCCGCUGGCGGCCGCGGCGGCUUCGCCCGCCAGGGCUCCCUCAGCGCCGCGCUCACCGAGGACGCAGAAGACACCAUGAAGAACCUCAGGAAAACAUUCGCCGGCAUAUUCGGCGAUAUGUAAACUCUACAAAAAUCCCAGAGUGUAUUACUAAAAAUUCCCACUUUAUAAUAUCAGGUCCGGACUAUGUAUUUUAAUGUAGAUUGAUUUUUAAUAAAAAUUACAUUAUUUUUCCUUUGAUAUUGAUAAAAUAAGGACAUUAAUGUUCAUUGGAUAUCUAGAAUACUCAAUUUCAUUUUAAUCAGUUUCAUGUUAAGUCCGGCCCUAAACUUUUCUAAAAUAAUAUAAUAUUAAACGUCCGAUGUCGAACACUUAACAGUAUCUUCGGUACACUAAUUGUUGCAUAAUGUUUAAUUCAAAGUAUCAUCUUUUUCAUAGAUUUCAACUUAGUAACUACAUAACAGUACUAUCUUAAAGAUUGCAUAAAGAAUACAUCUAAAUAAUAACUUUGUUUAAUCUAUAUUGGCACCGGUGAGAAAAUACGAAAUAAUAGUUUUAAAUGUAUGAUAACGUUAGAUUUUUACAGUAAGUUUGUAAUAAAAAAUAAUCAACUGAGCUGCAUUGUGAUCGAACUGUUCGGUAUCCGGUGCCGUGCCGUACCGUACCGUGUCGUACGGUAGCGCCGUGCCGUAGCGCGCCGUGCUGUGCCAUAAAGUACCGUACUAUGCGGUAGCGCCGUGCCGUAGCGCGCCGUGCUGUGCCGUGACGUACCGUGCUAUGCGGUAGCGCCGUGCCGUAGCGAGCCGUGCCGUGCCGUGACGCACAUAGUUUCUCUAUCACUGUCUCCAACUCUUGGACACGUUUCUUCAGCCGCCGUGACUUCGUAGAGUAGCGGCGGCUUCGCUAGCACAAUCUGUACCUUCAUUGUUAUGAAACAUGUUAUAUUGUAAUGCUAAGUAUCAUAUAUCUAUUACAUAUGCGCAUUUAAACGCUGUGUGUACUCCAGGUAAACCUUUCCUCAUAGAAAUCUUUGUUAUUAUCAUAUGCAUUUCAGUAUAUUGUUACUCAUUAAAAAUAGUAUUAAAAUUCGCUAAAAAACAGUACUUCAGUAUUAUAAUAAUACAUUAUCACUUUAAAGUACAAUUCAUUUUUCUAUUGUUCAAAGAUUUGGUGAAACAAAUCCAAGAAUUUUUAAAUUUUUACUUAAUGUUAAAUAAUGUAAGAUCAUAUCAUUAUUAAUUAAUAUAAUUUUGACGUAUACGGUUGGGCCAAGAAUGUAGGAAAUGGAAAACAUCUGGAUGGGAACAAAAUAGAAAAGAAAAAGUUAACAUCAAGUUAGGCCUAACUUUAAUGUAGUUUAAUUUACAUGAGUUUAAUGCAUUUAAUCAUUGACCAUUAAAAUUGAAGGUAAUUUUAAGGUUAUUGAAUAUUUAAACCAAAGAGUGUAGAUCUCUGACAUGAAAGAACACAUCGGUAGUUAGGCAGGAAAUGGCGUGAGCAAUUUUACAAUGGACAAUAUUGUUAGAAGCAAGUAUAACCCACAUUUUAUAUAAUCUUAUAGUUAAUCUCGUAAUUUUAAGAACUAUUUAGAUUGUUAUUCAUGGCAUCGUUUUAAUUGGUUUUACUAUGUAUCUGCUUAAUGUAAAUCUCCUACAGCAAUGUGUAACACUUCGAAAACUAUAAAAAAAAACGAACUGUCAACUUAUCGCAUUAAAAUAAAAUAAACUUCAUUCACAUUCCACAAACAAUAACGAAAACAGAUAAGGUCCGGUCGCUGGAGAUCAGGGCGACAUAACCUCCCCUUAUGUCUAUUUGAAAUAAGACCGUACAUUCAUUUUAUCCUCUUCUUAGACCUAGUUCAUUGGCUGGCAACUCCCACGUAAACAUUAUUGCAGAUACAUUCGUAAAAUUUUAAAUAAUUUAAUCCAUUAUGCUUAAAGAGUUUGCGAAGUAGUAAUGUUCGAUUUAAGCGUUGUUACCUAUUUAUUCUUCAUGCGCUUCUCUACGUAUUAUAAAAUUUAAUCUUUCAUACAUCCUACUAUAUAUUAAUCUUGU